AUGAAUCAAAUUUCAAUUGAAAAUUCAAACGAUCCAAAGCUCUACACUGAUGGAAGAGGGCUAUAUAGUAUUGAUCGAAAAACUCUUUAUUAUGUUUGUUCUGCAUCAACAUCGCCUUAUACUGUUUUAUCGACUGUUGAAACUUUGUUUGAUGGCGCUUUUGUGAGUUAUCAAGCUUCAUCAGUAACUCUUCAGAAUGGAUUGAAGACAAUCAAUUACUUUUGCUUUGCAAGAUCUUCAAUAACAUCAAUAACUCUUCCAAAUUCUGUUGAAUCAUGCAGAGAACAAUCAUUUUCUUUGUGUUCUAAAUUGAAAACAGUUACAUUGUCUGAAAAUUUGACUUUUCUUGCUGUAAACAUGUUUUCUUCUUCUGGAUUAACAACAAUAACGUUUCCAAAUAAUGUUACAUAUAUUGAUACAGGAGCAUUGUCCUCUUGUCCUAAUUUAUUAAGUGUCUAUUUACCAAAUCCUAUUCCUGAAUUAAAAGGUGGAUUUCUUGCUUCAUCUCCAAAAGCGAAAUUAUAUAUGACAGAUAAUUCCGUGAUUAAUAUUAAUGAUGAAAACGUUAUGUUUAACAGUGAUAAUUCAUCAGUCAUUGCUUAUUUUGGCACAAGUGAAACUUCAAUUCAUCUUCCUUCAACAAUUAAAACAAUAGGAGCGAAAGUUUUCUCCUACAAAACUAAUAUAAAAGAAGUUCUUUGUGAAGGAACAUGUCAAAUUCAAAAUGUUGAAGCAAAUGCAUUUGUAAAUUGUACGAAUUUAGUUACAAUUCCAAGUUUAUCAUAUGUUAAAACAAUUGGACAACGAGCAUUUGAAGGAUGUCCAAUUUCUUCUCCUAUCCAAUUUUCAUCUGCAUUAACAUUGAUUAAAGAUUAUGCAUUUUUAGGAAAUAAUAAGAUUCCUCAGAUAACAUUUGAACAACCAUCAACAUCACUAACAAUAUCAGAUUAUGCGUUUCAGAAUUGUUCUUCAUUGACAACAAUUAGUUUUCCAUCACAAGGAUCAAUUUCUUUAGGAAACUAUGCCUUCUUUAAUUGCAAUAGUUUAUCAUCAAUUACAAUAACAUCUGCUAAUGUAUCAAUUGGACAAUCAUGUUUCAUGAAUUCUGGAAUUAAUUCUUUGAUUUUUGAAGGAAACAAAGUUUGCAAUGGAAUCAUUCCAGCAUUUUGUUUCAAGAAUUGUAUAAAUCUUCAAUCUGUUUCUAUCCCUUCUAACUGUACUAUUUUGGAUAUCGAAUGCUUUGCAAUGACAUCUAUUAAAACUGUAAAAGUCACAGAUAAUUUGGAAAUCAUUUCAAGACAGAGUUUCAAAGACUGCCAAUAUCUAGAAAACCUUGAAAUUCCAAAUUCAUCUCACUUGAAAUCCAUUGAACCAGCAGCAUUUCAAGGCUGCAUUAGAUUUUAUUCAGUAAAAAUGUUCCAAUCCGAAUACUUUUAUAGUGAUAGCGGAGCAAUAUAUAACUUCGAUCGAUCACAAUUGAUUAUUUAUCCACCAGCAGCUCCAAACAAAUUCUUAGCUAUAUCAGACAGAGUUCGUUAUAUUCAACAGAGUUGUUUUAUUGGCUGCACAAAUCUAGAUACGGUUUUAAUUCCAGACAACAGUGUUACAUCAAUUGGCCCGAGUGCAUUCGAAGGUUGCACAAACUUGAGAGUGAUUAACAUCCCUUUAAGUGUUCAAUCUGUUGGAUUAAAUGCUUUUCUUGGAUGUAAAAAUCUUUUGUGCGGUAUUGCAUUCGAAAACAAAACAUCAGCAUAUAAAACAAUGUUGAUUGAGGCAUCCCUUUCAUUCAGUUCACUUAGAUCCUGCAUUGCAGAUUCAUGCCAAAGAAAUGAAUUAAGGUUCUCAUUUUCUUAUAGCUUCUUAUUCCCAUUUAUUUUAUUAAGUUAA